UGACGUAGAUGAUUUCUGUUUACUAAGGAACUCCCUCUGGUUUCGUAGGAUCCAUUUGUUUAAACCACAAACACACACCUCUUCCCGUCAAACAGGCUGGGAUCUUGGAUGGAGUGAGUGUUGAGCCCCAGUGAGAUGACUGACCAGGGCAACAACAACCAGAACAUCUCCUGCAACCCCUUCGCUGCCCUCUUCAGCUCACUGGCUGAUGCUAAACAGUUUGCAUCAGGCCAGAAACCGGAACAGCAGUCGGCUGAACCACCACUGGAGGACUCCGGGGAGAGCCAAUCGGACUCAGAAAACUCUGUGUCAGACAGCGUUGAUGAAAAUGACGACUCUGUGGCAGAGAUCAGUCGCUCAUUCCGCUCCCGACAGGAGCUGUGUGAGCAGCUCAAUGUCAAUCACAUGAUCCAGCGCAUAUUUCUCAUCACUCUGGACAACAGUGAUCCCAGUCUGAGAGGAGGUAAUGGGAUCCCCCCUCGUUGUGUGUACCUGGAGGAGAUGGCUGCAGAUCUGGAUGGACAGGACUGGCUGGACAUGGACAACAUAGAGCAGGCUCUGUUUAACCGCCUGCUGCUGCUAGAGCCAGGAAACCACCUCAUCUACAUGACAUCAUGCAGUGCUGUGAAUCUAUCUGCGGACCGCGACGCUGGAGAGAAAUGUGCCAUCCCUUACCUUUUUGCUUGUUACCAGAGAGCCAAAGAAGAGGUGACGAAGGUACCAGAGAAGUUACUGUCGUUUGCUGUUCGUUGUAAGAAUCUGACGGUUUCUAACACACGGACAGUUCUGCUCACCCCAGAGAUCUACAUCAGCCAGAAUAUCUACGAGCAGCUCUUUGACCUGCUGCUGGAAGGUUUCAACGGAGCCCAGUCAGAAGAGGUGGUUGAGUUUGUGGAGGAGGUAACUGCCGGCCUGCUCUCUGACCAGGAGGUGCGUACCUUCGAGGAGGUGAUAGUACCAGUGUUUGAUAUCUUCCAUGGACGCAUCAAAGACAUGGACCUCUGUCAGCCUCUCCUCUACUCCUACUUGGAUGUUCUCCUGUACUUCAGCCACCAUAAAGAUAUUGCUAAGGUACUGAUGGAAUACAUUCAGCCCAAAGACCCAGCCAAUGGUUUGCAGUACCAGAAGAGCCUAUUGGGGACAGUGCUGAGUAUCUCCUGCUUGUUAAGAACCCCAGGUGUGGUGGAGGGACAUGGCUAUUUCCUGAACCCCUCCCGCUCCAGUGCCCAGGAGACAAAGGUCCAGGAGGCCAACAUUCACCAGUUUAUGGGCCAGUUUCAAGACAAGCUGCACCAAAUCUUGAAAAACUUGCUCCAGAGAUCUGGUGAGACGCGUCACCUCCUGCUCUCGUGGCUGGGCAACUGUCUGCAGGCUAACGCUGGACGGGCAAAGAUCUGGGCCAAUCAGAUGCCAGAGAUCUUCUUCCAGAUGUAUGCUUCAGAUGCAUUCUUUUUAAACCUGGGUGCUGCCCUUCUGAAGCUGUGCCAGCCUUUCUGCAGGCCUCGUUCGCCCAAACUGCUCACCUUCAACCCCACCUACUGCGGCCUCAAAGAGCUGAGCGAAGAAGAGAGGCGCAAUCGCAAUGUGCACGCAAAAGGUCUCGACAAGGAAACCUGUCUGGUCCCUCUGCCCCCUCAACAGCCGGUGGAGUCUGCACAGUCCUACAGCCUGCUGACUGAAAACCUCAUCCUCACACAACUCACACAGCAUCUAGGAUUCCACAGACUCCAUGAGCAGAUGGUGAAGAUGAACCAGUCUCUCCACCGGCUCCAGGUGACGUGGCAGGAGGCCCAGCGGAGUGGCAACCCGAUGUCGGAGCAGCUCCUUGAGCAGUUUGAGCGUCUGAUGAUUGUGUAUCUGUCAACCAAAGCUGCCACUACGCAGCCUGCUAUGCUGCAAUGCUGCCUUAACCUCCAAGCUUCCACCGCUGCUCUGCUGGUUCAGCUUGGAAUGGGAAACCAGGGGCCUGAACAUGUAGCACUCAGUUUCCCCCUGCCCCUGCUGCAGAAUACUGUGCUCUGCUACGUACCAGAGUUUUUUGCAGAAAACAUGGGAGAUUUUUUCAUCUUUCUGCGGCGGUUUGCAGACGAUGUUUUGGAAACUUCUGCAGAAAGUCUGGAGCAGAUUCUCAACUUCAUCACCGUCUUCAUGGGUAAUGUGGAGAGGAUGAAGAACCCACACUUAAGAGCCAAGCUUGCGGAGGUCUUAGAGGCGGUGAUGCCACACAUGGAGCCUGUGACUACUGGUGCUGCUCAGCCAAUCCUGUUCCAGCGAGAGAGAGUCUUCUCUUCCUACAAAUAUGCACCUCAGCUGGCCGAGGCCCUCAUCAGUGUGUUUGUAGACAUUGAAUUCACAGGGGAUCCUCAUCAGUUUGAACAGAAAUUCAACUACAGAAGGCCCAUGUAUCCCAUCCUCAAGUAUAUGUGGAGCAAAGAUAGCUACAGAGAGAGCAUCAAGCAUUUGGCCGACUAUGCAUCUGUGAACCUGGAGGCCAUGAACCCCCCUCUGUUCCUCAGGUAUCUCAACUUACUGAUGAAUGAUGCCAUCUUCCUGCUAGAUGAGGCUAUUCAGUACCUGAGUAAAAUCAAAGUUCUGCAGCUGGAGCGGGAUCGAGGGGAGUGGGAAGGCCUGGCAGCCGAUGCCCGAAGAGAGAAAGAGUCGAGCCUGCAGAUGUUUGGACAGCUGGGACGCUUCCACAACAUCAUGUCUAAUGAGACCAUCGGCACACUGGCCUUUCUCACCUCAGAUAUCAAGGGGAUCUUUGUGCACCCCUUCCUGGCUGAGAGGAUCAUCUCAAUGCUGAACUACUUCCUGCAGCACCUGGUGGGUCCUAAGAUGGGCGCCCUUAAAGUCAAGGACUUCAGUGAGUUCGACUUCAAGCCCCAGCAGCUUGUUUCUGAUAUCUGCACCAUCUACCUGAACCUGGGGGAUGAGGAGAAUUUCUGUGUUACAGUCCCAAAGGACGGCCGGUCGUACUCUCCUAUCCUCUUUUCACAGACUGUUAGGGUACUGAAGAAGAUCAACAAACCUGGUGACAUGAUUGUUGGUUUUGGAGUUCUUGCUGAUAAAAUAAAGUCCCAUGCAGAUAGGCAGCAGCAGGAAGAGGAGACAUAUGCAGAUGCUCCAGAUGAGUUCUUGGACCCCAUCAUGUCCACUCUGAUGCUGGAUCCUGUGCUUCUCCCCUCAUCCAAUGUAACAGUUGAUCGCACAACUAUAGCAAGGCAUCUCCUUAGUGACCAGACGGACCCUUUCAACCGCAGUCCUCUCACCAUGGACCAGAUCAGGCCAAACGAGGACCUCAAACAGCAGAUUUUACAGUGGCUGGAUAGGCAUAAGCAGGAGAGCUUGCAGCUGGGACCCAGUGGCUAGCUGUGAUCCCUCGCUGUGACAAACAAUGACUGAAUCCUUCCUUUCUUUCCUGGCCCACAUCUCAUGUGCUCCUCUGCUUUCUUGGCUAAUCCACGGUGUGCUCUCCUCUGUGGAGUUCUUCUGAAUCCUCAAAUCCGACUAAUGUUGCAUUAGGCUUUUCAUGCAGCCUUCAUCCUCACUGGAUCCUCUCUGUGACAACAGUCCAGACAAACUGUAGCGCACCAGCUGGUGGCAACUUCAAAAUCCAUGCACAGCAGCUGACUCCAUUGACUCCAAACAUUAGUUGGGGGGAUAUCACCUCUGGUUCCUUUCCCUCCUGAACACUGUGUAUUGAUUAGUUAUUAUUACAGUCAGAGCUGUGGCCAGAAGUAUCAGAUUCAACAGAUCUUGUUGAAUGUACUGAAUGAACUCCUGGCUGAGCAGCUGGCCAAAACAAGGUUUUAUACUGCAAGGUGAGUAUUUUUGGGAACUCAUGAGGCAGAAGAUGGAUGGAGUCAUAUAUGAUUUAACCUUGAUUUCACCUUCAUGAAGAAUACAUCAUACACUGCCUUUCAAAGGUUUUGAACACCCUAUAUUUUAGCAGUUUUGGUUUAAUCUGAAGCAGCAAUGUAAAUAGAAUUAGUCACUCAAAUUUAAGUAAAGUAAGUAAAAAUAUAACUGAAUACUGUGGGACAUAAUUUAUUGGAAAAUAAACUAUAAACUAAAAAAAAGUUUCCUUAUUUGAAAGAGUAAAGGCUUUAAUUUGCUGUUGGAUAAUAGUGAGAGGAUAACAUAUUUUAGCACAGCAGGUUUGAGUAUGAAAAAUGCUUCUAGAUCACGCUGACAUUAAUGUGGACUGUGGUUAACUAAUAAUUAUGCACUGAAUACCACUAUGUAAUUGAACUGGAAUUUUUACUGAAUUUCCACUUAACUAUUCACCCAAAUCAGACUGCAUGAAUCUGAGGUGAAAAAUGAGCCAAGCAACCGCAAAAAAACCCACCUAAUUUUAUAUUCACAACAUCUAACACUGCAAAUCUGUUCUCUAAACAUUUGCUGAUUUGUCUCGUCCCUAUUUUGACUGAGCUGAGUGGCUUCUCAGGUGGAUAUUUCCUAAAUCAGAUCUUAUUACUUUUUUUAUUAAGAUCAAAAAUCACAAUAUUUUCUCCACCAUCUGCUCAAAUUCAUUUUUUAAGGUCUUGCCAUUAGCCAUAUUUCUUGACAUUGGACCAAAAAAGCAAGAAUAUAGGGUUCAAAUAUUUUUGACUGGCGGUCAUUGUCAUCCUUCGAAUUAACAUCACCGGGUUUUAAGUGAUGCUGAACCGAGUUUUCGUUGUGUGAAUGCAUAGUGAAUUAGCGAGUGGGCAAACAGCUGAUCAAUAGAACUGGUGCCUAAAACCAAGAGCCUUGCAGUAAGUGUAAGCGAAGGAGGAUCUGAAUGGUUUCAUACUUUAAAGAGACAUAAUUUGUCCGAGUUUGAUUCAGAGAGGCAUAUGGGGAGCGGAGGUAGAAAAUGAACGUAAAUCAGAGAAGAUAACUUGUUUUUGAGAAGCUUUUUCAAUUAAAAGGGUUUUAAUUCAAGUUUAAGUGUGGUUGUAUAAAAUGGGAAACUGUGAUAGAUGUACACGAAGCUGUAUUCGCUGGCAUGCCCUCAUACUGUAUGUUGAAUAUCUACCACCUGAAGGAUUACGUGGGUUAAAUUAUAAUGCAAUAUUUUUGUUUUAAUUGUGAUCAUAAAUUGUUUAUUUUGAUUGUACAGUAUGAUUAAAAAAAUAAAAACUAAUGUGCGUUA